AAUGUGCCUCAAAGACCACUGACCUCAGACCUUGCAGAAACGUGCUUUACCAGGGCUGUGAUGGCCAGUCACCAAGCAGAAGUUCAGAGUUUGAAGCUAGAUAAUGAUUCAGUUAUAGAAGGAAUAAGUGACCAGGUACUGGUGGCAGUUGUGCUCAGUUUCACUUUCAUUGCUGCUCUGGUAUAUACGCUUUUAAGAAAUGAACAUCAGAACAUACACCCAGAAAAUCAAGAGCUAGUGCGAGCUCUUCGUCAGCAGCUUCAAACUGAGCAGGAUGCUUCUGCUGGUGAUAGACAUCGCUUCUAUACAGAUAUGUCCUGUCCAGUCUGUUUGCAACAGGCUACAUUUCCUAUAGAAACAAACUGUGGACAUCUCUUCUGUGGUUCCUGCAUUAUUGCCUACUGGAGAUACGGCUCAUGGCUUGGUGCCAUCCGUUGUCCAAUCUGCAGACAAACGGUAACAUUGUUUUUACCACUCUUUGGUGAAGAUCAGCAGGAUGCAACCCAAGUAUUUCAAGAUGUUAAUGACUACAAUCGGAGAUUCUCGGGACAGCCCAGAUCUAUUAUGGAAAGAAUUAUGGAUCUGCCCACAUUAUUACGGCAUGCUUUCAGGGAGAUGUUUUCUGUUGGGGGCCUCUUCUGGAUGUUUCGCAUCAGAAUAUUCCUCUGCUUGCUUGGAGCCUUACUCUACCUGGCUUCACCUCUGGAUUUUCUUCCUGAAGCCCUCUUUGGAAUUUUGGGGUUCUUAGAUGAUUUCUUUGUAAUUUUUCUUCUGCUGAUAUAUAUCUCUAUCAUGUACCGGGAAGUGGUAACACAGCGGCUGAAUAGAUGAAAUGGACAAAAAUUACCCAAAUGCAGAGGUGGUUGUGGAAUGUUUUAAGAAGAGAACUAUAACAUAAGUAUGGUAAAGCAAGAUGCCUGUGUACAGUUGCACUAGUAACAAUUUAAUAGCUGGUCAUCUUAUACAAAUAUGAAGGGUUAGUAUGUGGUGAUGCUUAACUGGAAUCUUUAAUUUGUGUAUUACAUAAGCUUCAUAAGGAUGAGGUUAGUUAUAUAAUGUAAUAAGCUACCUUCAUCUACUCCUACCUGAUGAGCAGCUGUAUCUAAUCAAAGCAGGAAACAGCUUUUUGGUGUGUGGUUUUUGAAAAAGGAGUUCUAGUAAAGGAAGGACUUCUAACAAAAAAUCUGUUUGGGUAAUCUAGACAUGUAUAAGGAAAUUCAGAAAUUCUUGACAGUACAGUUACCACAGUUAAAUUAUUUAAUGUCUCCCUGGUUUAGCCUAGAGUU